UUCCUGACCGACGUGAGCAAGUACAGCAUCGGCCGUCUGCGGCCGCACUUCAUCGACCUCUGUCGGCCGCAGCUGCCCAACGGCCUCGUGAUGGACCGCUUCAGCAACUGCCAGAACCCGCACACCUACGUCACCGAGUACACCUGCUUCAAGGACAACCUCAGCAUGAGCAGUCGCAAGAUGAAGGACGUCCGCCUGUCCUUCAUGUCCGGCCACUCCUCCUUCGCUGCCGUCUGCCUCGUCUACCUGGUGCUGUACCUGCACCUGAGAAUGCGGGCCGCCCAUCUGGCGCUGGUGAAGCACCUCUACCAGGCGGCACUCCUUUACCUCGUCUUCUACACCGGCAUGAGCCGCAUCUCCGACUACAAGCACCACUGGAGUGACGUCCUUUGCGGCCUGCUCCAGGGCACGCUGGUGGCAAUUUUGGUGGCCUACUUUGUCGGGGACCUGGUGAAGCCACGCAGCUACGAGAACAUGCAGCAGAUAACGGUUGGUCAGCUGAUGUCGGGCAGUAGCAGUGGUGGUGUCAAUGGAGGCAGCAGUGCCGCCAACGGGGACAGCAGCAGCAAUGGCGCCUUCAAGGACAUCCAUCAGGUGGAGUCGGGAGUUUGA